AUGGCUGUCGUCGUUACCGAGGAAAUGGACGUCGUACCAACACUACCACCACCAGCAUCCAAAUCCGAUGCGCGACUGCGAUUAAAGUCACUUGCACGCACCGUCUCGGCGCCUCUCAGUCUCUCUCGACUCGAGUCUGCGCACCUUGACAUGGACGUCAGCAACAAAGAAAUGUCAAGCACGCCAAAACCCCACCAGCUAUCCAAACAAUGCAGCAGCAUCCUCAACUUGCCCCAGUCCCUCAUUUCCCGCCUCCGUCUAGACCGGGACCGCUGGCGCCAUCUCGCCCAAAAGCAAGCGACCUCAAUCUCCACCCUGGGCCAGUCGCUGCAAAACCUGCAAAUCGCCACAGCCACGCUAUCAGCAGAAAAUGCGCAGCUGCAAGCGCGAACUGAGAUACACCUCGCAGCCAUCGCAACUCUAACAUCUACCCUACGAAAUGUAGCCGGCAAAAACGAUGCUCUGCUUUCCAGGGUCGAUGAUGCAACACGCAGUCUUCUGCGCCUCCAGAAGAGCGACCGCGCAAAAGGAAAAAUGCAGCAGCGCAACCUGACACUGAAGGCUUUGUUAAAUCGGUACUCAGAGAAGGGUGUAGCGGCAGAGGCAAAAGCGGAUGCUGAUACUGAAUCUGCACUAAGGGAGGCGCUGGCCGCGGCUUGUGAGCGAAUCGAAGAGUUAGAGGGGAGGGGUUCAGCGCUGCUUGAUGCGUUGGAGAGGCAGGAAGAUGAUGAGUGUGAGGAUGAAGAGAUGGAUGGAGGUGCAAGUGUUGUGGAGGCUGAGGUGGCAUUCAGGGGGAUGUUGGAAGAUGAGGAGUUCAGAGAGUUGAGGGAGGAGUGGGAGGGCUUGCUGGGGGAGUGA